UCCACACAGCAUCACCAGCAUAGUACUAUUACAGCAUGCUGCACCAGUGAGCUACUAGCUAAGGGUGUUUUUUCCUAUUUACAUUAUAGAGUCCUGACCUUUAGCAACUAACUUUCAAGAAGCCAGUCCUUCGCUGAUUACUUCAAUGCAAGCAGACACAGGAGGAUACACUAUUUUUGUCUCACUUCAGUAGGAGGGGGGGGGCCUUGUUUGACUUUGGAUCCUCACUGAGUUUCUGCACCUGGCUGCAGCAAUAAUACAGCUUCAGAAUGCAGGGUCAGCUAGACAUGGAGGGUGCCCUGACUGCCAGGGACCGUGUGGGAAUCCAGGAUUUUGUACUGCUGGAUGAAACCACGGAAGCUGCCUUUCUGAGCAACCUCAAGAAACGCUUCAGCAAGGAUCUCAUCUAUACUUACAUUGGAACGUUGUUAGUCUCUGUCAAUCCAUAUAAAGAGCUGGACAUCUACAACAAGAAGCAGAUGGAUAUCUACAUGGGUGUCAACUUUUUUGAGCUGCCGCCCCACAUUUAUGCCUUGGCGGAUAAUGCGUACCACACCAUGCUGACAGAGUUCAACAAUCACUUCAUCCUCAUCUCCGGUGAGAGCGGAGCAGGAAAAACAGAGGCCUCCAAGAAGAUUUUGCAGUAUUAUGCCGUCAGCUGUCCAAGCACCACUCUGCUAAACACAGUCAGAGACAAAAUGCUCAUGUCCAACCCCGUCCUGGAGGCUUUUGGAAAUGCCAAAACACUAAAAAAUGACAACUCAAGCCGAUUUGGGAAAUAUAUGGACAUCCAGUUUGACAGCCAGGGGGAUGCUGUUGGAGGCCAUAUCCUGAACUACCUGCUGGAGAAAUCAAGGGUUGUGCAUCAGAAUCACGGGGAGAGAAACUUUCACAUCUUUUACCAGCUGGUAGAGGGAGGAUCAGAUGACUUGCUGCAUCAGCUGGGCUUGGAGAGAGGUUGCCAGCAUUAUAACUAUCUAACACAGGGGCAGUGUCCCAUUGUGCCCUCCAUUAAUGACAAAAACGACUGGAAAACAGUAAAAAACGCACUUCAAAUCAUCAGCUUUAAUGAGACUGCCACCAAUCACUUGUUUGAGGUCAUUGCAAGCGUUCUCCACCUGGGGAAUGUGCGGUUUGACUCUGAUAGUAAAGGUCACGCCCUCCUGAACAACAACACAGAGCUGCACUGGGUCUCAAAUCUGCUAGGAGUGGAUGCACACAGACUUCAAGAGGGCCUAACAUUCAGGAAGAUUGAAGCCAAAAAAGAUCAGGUCCUCAGCCCUUUCACAACUGAUCACGCCAUCUAUGCCAGAGAUGCCUUAGCCAAAGCUAUCUAUGGGCAGACCUUCACCUGGCUGGUCAACAGGAUCAACGAGUCAAUGGAGAACGAAGUGACUAUAAGGAUGUAUUUCAAAUGACAAAUCUCACCUGCCAGGAUGUGUUUUUAUACGUUUUUUCUCUUUCACUAGGACCCUUCACGAAAGACUGUUAUAGGGCUUUUGGACAUAUAUGGAUUUGAGGUUUUCUACGUAAACAGUUUUGAGCAGUUCUGUAUAAACUAUUGCAACGAGAAGCUGCAGCAGCUUUUCAUUGAGCUGACACUAAAAUCGGAGCAGGAAGAAUAUGAAGCAGAGGGCAUUGAGUGGGAGCCAGUUCAGUUCUUCAACAAUAAGAUCAUCUGUGAUCUAAUCGAGGAAAAACACACAGGAAUUAUAUCAUUACUGGAUGAGGAGUGUCUAAGGCCAGGAGAUGCCACAGAUCUGACCUUCCUGGAGAGACUGGAAGAAAAGAUGGGGAAUCACCCCCACUUUGUCACGCACAAACUAGCUGACAAAAUGACACGUAAGACUCUGGAGAGGGGAGAUUUCCGUCUCUUGCAUUAUGCCGGGGAGGUCACCUACUGUGUUGUGGGUUUCCUGGACAAAAACAACGACCUACUAUAUAGAAACAUAAAAGAUCUUAUGUGUCAGUCUAAAAAUGACAUAGUCAAAGAGUGCUUCUCAUCCAUGGAUCCAGACAGCAGGAGAAGACCAGAAACAGUGGUGACUCAGUUUAAGAGCAGUCUGCAGAAGCUGACAGAGAUCCUCGUGGCUAAAGAGGCCUGGUACAUACGCUGCCUGAAAUCUAACGAGUCCAAGCAGUCAGGUCAGUUUGAUGAAGCACUGAUCAGGCAUCAGGUGAAGUACCUGGGUCUGAUGGAGCACCUCAGAGUCAGACGAGCUGGUUUUGCUUACAGACGUAAAUACGACGUUUUUUUGAAGAGAUAUAAACCAUUGUGCCCAGCCACCUGGCCACACUGGAGAGGAGUAGCCGCCGAUGGAGUGGAAGUGCUGGUUCAACAUCUGGGCUACCUGCCAGAUGAGUACAAAAUGGGACGGACCAAAAUUUUCAUCCGUCACCCCAGGACACUGUUCGCCACAGAGGAUGCUUAUGAGAAAUGCAAACAUGAACUGGCAACACGCAUCCAGGCAAAAUACAAAGGCUACAGGGCAAAGGGAGAAUACAGAAAACAGAAAGAAGCUGCCACUAAGAUUGAAUCUUGUUGGAGAGGAACACAGGCUAGGAAGGAGAAGGAGAAGAGAGCCUGGGCGGUAAAAGUCAUCAAGAAAUUUAUCAAAGGCUACAUGACCAGAGGGCAGGCAAAAAACACAGAUAACUCAGAGUACCUGGCCUUCGUGAGGCAAAAUUACCUGAACAGACUUAGAGACAACCUGCCAAAGACCGUUUUGGAUAAAACCCCCUGGCUAACUCCACCAGCUGUGCUCACAGAGACAUCAGAGAUGCUGCGUAAGCUUCACUACCGUCUUAUGGUGCGGAAAUAUGUGCGAGGAAUCACACCGCAGAAGAAAGCACAGUUCGAAAUGAAGCUGAUCACCAGCUCUGUCUUCAAGGGGAAAAAGGACAGUUAUCCACAGAGUGUUGCCCAUCCAUUUGCGGACACCAGAAUCAGCGAGGAAGACAUAAACACAAGGGUCAUCCAGAUGAUUCGCAACGAGCGUAUAAAGUACUGCAUUCCAGUAAUUAAGUAUGACAGGAAUGGCUUCAAACCGAGGCAGCGACAGCUCAUCCUCACCCAGACAGCUAUCUAUGUGGUAGAGGAAGCCAAGAUCAAGCAGAGAGUGCUGUACACCUCUCUCAAAGAGAUUUCUGUCAGUAACUUGACUGACAGCACCAUUGCAUUCCACAUAACACGUGAAGAACCUAAACAAAAGGGGGAUCUGGUAGUACAGUGCGACCAUUUAUUUGAGCUUUUGACCAAACUCUGUGUCAUUGCUAACAAACAAAAUGCCAUCAAGGUGGUUCAGGGCAGCAUCAACUUUGAAAUCCAGGCUGGAAAAGGAGGAGCAGUGGACUUUAGCACUGGGCCUGAGCCUAUGGUAUACAAGGCCAAGAAUGGUCACCUGAUGGUGGUUGCCACUCGGGCAAGGACACGGUAACGUGUGAGGCUGAGGAGGAGACACAUAAGACGCCUCUGCAUAUUUCAUCAGGAGACCACUAAGGAGAUGAUCACCAUGUCUGCAGAAAACACAUCUGCCCAGAAAGAGAUGAACCUGAGGAAUCUUGGAUGAGGUUGUUUGCUGGACAGAAUUUCACACUAGUCAUAAUUAAAAUUUCUUCACUUCAUUAUUAAGAAAAGAAAGAAGAUGUUAUCAUUUCACAAUUGCUUGUGUCUGAAGAACACUUAAAAUGACAAAACUCUUAAGGUACCAAAAACUGAUGCAAUUCUAAUUUUGAACAAUGAAGCCAUAUGUAUAAUAAAUUUGUACGUUCACUGAUGUUGUAAAUUAAAAGCAGCACAAAAGAAUGUCUGUAGAAAUU